GGGAGGGAGAGGGGCGCGCGGCGCCGAGAAGCUGGCGCCAAGCGCGUGAGUCACUCGGUCCCCUGGGUUAGGAGCCGGACUUCGUCUCCCGCCCGGGGUCUGCAUUUCAGCUCCAGCUUCAGCGACUCACCGCUGCAGGCUGAACCGGUCUUGAGGCUGGACCUGCCACCUCUCAGUCUAGGUGAGGGCCAGGUGUACUGGCUGAGCACCAUUAACCACACAUAUUAAUGUGGUCAAUCAAGUUAGAGAAGCCUGUAUUCCAAAUGAAAAUCCACUUGGUCUGAGGCAUCUGUGUAAAGCGUUUUCUACAUUCUGUCCCAGUGGAUCUGAUUCCUGCUUUGUAGCUUUCUGAAAGAUUAAAGUUGAGCAUCAUUAGUGAAACUCACCUGCUGCCUGACUGAACACCACGGUGAACACUUCUGAGACCAUUUUCAGUAAAAACAAUAAUGACUUUCUUGGAAUGUAAUCGCAGUGGAACCUGUUGUCUGUGUAGCCUGAAAGAAUACCUAACUACCAUCAGAAGUUCUACAGAGACCUCAUAAAAUCCACUUUACAUUAAACAACUGAGUAACUCCGGUUUGAUCAGAGACAACUUUAAAAAUUGUAGUUAUCAACUCACCUUCUGGAAGAUUCAACCACUGCUACUCAUAGCUGUUGCUGAAAUACCAUGUCUAAGAAUUCAGAGUUUAUCAAUCUGUCAUUUUUAUUAGAUCAUGAGAAGGAAAUGAUCUUGGGAGUCCUGAAGAGAGAUGAAUAUUUGAAGAAAGUGGAGGACAAGAGAAUAAGAAAGCUGAAAAAUGAACUCUUAGAAGCGAAACGUAGAAGUGGGAAGACUCAACAGGAGACCAGUAGAGUCUGUGUUCACUGUCAGAGAAACCUGGGCCUAAUCUUUGACCGAGGAGAUCCAUGCCAGACCUGCUCGCUGAGGGUGUGCAGUGAGUGUCGGGUCGUGGGCCUCGAUGGCAGCUGGAAGUGCACUGUCUGUGCCAAAGUCGCGCAGCUAAGGGUUAUAACUGGUGAAUGGUUUUAUGAAGAAAAGGCAAAGCGCUUCAAGCAAGUCAAUGUUCUGGGCACUGAUGUUGUCCGACAAUCCAUCUUAAGAAGAAGUCCAGCUGAAGACUUACAAAGCCAAGAGCAAAACCGCCAGGAUGCCGAAAAGUCAGACACUUCACCUUCUUCUGGGCAGAAGGCCAGCCAUGAUGGGCCCAAGAGAAAGGGAUUUCUUCUUAGCAAAUUCAGAUCAGCAACCAGAGGAGAAAUUAUAACUCCAAAAAUUGAAAGUGGGCGGAGCUAUAGCUUGGACUUAGACAGUCAAAAUUUUCGGAGUUUAAAGUCAGCCCCUGGUUCAGACAGGGGAAGCACUGGUUCAUCAGAUCUCAAUGACCAGGAGGCUGGUCCUGGGACCCCGAAGAGCAGCCGGAGCAAUGGUAUGACUACAGUCACUCAGAGAUCACCAGUCCCAAGCACGCGCAGUGUAACCUCAGCCAGCAGUAGAGAGCAUGGUUUUGAAAAUUCCAUUGGUUUGGCUGCCAUUGAAAGCAACUCUGAGGAGCCCAAGAAAGGUCAUUGCAGAAGUGCUUCGGGUACACCUUCCAUAGCUGUGUCUGGGGCCUCUCUCUCUUCAGAGCGGAGUCGAUCAGACUUAGACUUGAGUGAGUCAUUUACAGAAGACUUAGAGGAUACUGUAAGCACAAGAAGCAAGUCCGUCCCUGGGGCUUUAGACAAAGACUUGGACUCCUUGGAAGAGACAGAAGAAAGCAUCGAUGACUUAGUGUCCUCUCGGUUUUCAGCAAACACCCACAGUCUGGCAAGCGGCUUGUCAACGAAUUCUCAAGCAGGCUCUGACAGGAAGUGGACCUACCUAAAUGUGCCUGAUGCUGACUCAGACACUACAAGCCUUAACAGUAUGAUGAGUGUUUACAGUGAAACUGGAGACUAUGGCAACGUGAAGGUCAGUGGUGAAAUCCUCCUCCAUAUCAGCUACUGCUACAAAACUGGCGGGCUCUACAUUUUUGUCAAGAAUUGCAGAAAUCUGGCCAUAGGAGAUGAAAAGAAACAGAGAACAGAUGCUUAUGUCAAGUCAUACCUUCUUCCUGACAAGUCCCGAAACAAUAAGCGCAAGACCAAAAUCAGAACAGGCACCAAUCCAGAAUUCAAUGAAACACUGAAGUAUACCAUCAGCCAUACCCAGCUGGAAACAAGAACACUGCAGCUCUCGGUUUGGCACUAUGAUCGAUUUGGACGUAACAGCUUCCUCGGGGAGGUGGAGAUUCCUUUUGACUCAUGGAACUUUGAAAAUCCAAGUGACGAAUGGUUUGUGCUUCAGCCCAAGGUGGAGUUUGCUCCUGAUAUUGGUCUUCAAUACAAAGGAGAGCUGACAGUUGUUUUACGUUACAUUCCCCCAGAGGAGAACCCAAUGCUUCCACUAGGACAACUUCAAGGAAAGAAGACCCUUAAAAGGGGAAAGAAGAAAGAGUCGCCCAUAAUCUCUGGUGGAAUACUAGAAGUGUUCAUCAAAGAGGCAAAGAAUUUGACAGCAGUGAAGUCAGGAGGCACUUCUGAUAGCUUUGUGAAGGGCUACCUGCUCCCUGAUGAUAGCAAAGCCACCAAGCAUAAAACUGUGGUAAUUAAAAAGAGUGUUAACCCUCAGUGGAAUCAUACUUUCCUGUUCAGUGGUCUGCAUCCCCAGGAUAUAAAGAAUGUUUGCCUAGAACUUACCAUCUGGGACAAGGAGGCAUUUUCCAGCAACAUCUUUCUAGGAGGAGUUCGUUUGAAUUCUGGAAGUGGUGUGAGUCAUGGGAAAAACGUGGAUUGGAUGGACUCCCGAGGGGAAGAGCAGCGCCUUUGGCAGAAGAUGGCUGACAACCCUGGGACCCCAGUAGAGGGUAUACUCAUGCUCCGUUCUAGCAUGGGGAAGUGCAGGCUCUGAAAGGACCAGUUCUCCGUGAAUGAGGCCUCCGGGGACUGUCAUUUCCAGCUAUCAUUUCCUACCAGCCACAGGCUGAGACUGGGGAUUCUGCUUCCUGCCAUUACUCAUCUGAUGAUAUUGGAAUUUGAGGGGAGCAAUGUCAGUGGUAUGAACAUUUCAGUGUCUUGCCUAGUGCCUAAAAACACGUGUACCUCUAUAUGUCCAUGGGCCAGGGCAUUUUUGAUUGGAUGAUAGAAAUUGUACUGGACUGGGCUGUCAACAAGCAAAUUACAAUGGCUCCUAGUGUUUAGGCCAUAAGGGAAAUGGCACAACUUAUUUGAAAUUGUAGUUGAGACUGAGGGUCCCCAACUUUCUACUAAUUCUGAGUUACUUUAGAAUUCCUCAAACACUUUGAGGAGAAAGAGGGCUACUGAGAAGGUAGAUCACUUGAAGGUAGAUCACGCUUUGCUCACCAUAGAAGACACGGUGAGGGUAGCUGCCGGGGCAAGCGAGUAGUCCUGUUACUUGUGAUUUAACCAAGUAAUCUUUCAAGGUGAACUGACAGGGCUUUCUAUAGUGAUUACAGAAUUUCUUAUCUAAAACAGAUUGCUUUUGAAAUUGAACAGAGAUAAAUAGUUACACCAGAACAACAGAUACAAACUAAGAUUGACCUGGGACACUUGGGAUGUAGGGUCACUUUAUGGAUGACCUAGCAACAAAAGAGCUCUGUUGUAAAGAUUUAUUUUAUAAAAUGAUCUAAGCCGUGAACUAAAAGGGAAUAAGAAAUAAUGGUCAAUUGAUACAUCUUCUCACAUUUUGUUCAUUGAUGAGACUAAUUUAAUGAAAAAGAAGGUACUCCACCUGCUGUUUCAUUUGUCUCCCUUCUGCCAUGUAAUGGGAGUUUUUGACUCUAUUAGCUCUUUCCCCCUCAUAUUCUCCUUUCCUGAGUUUUUGUUAUCUCCUUUGCAGCAGUUAGCUAUUGCUACAGUAGUGCUUAAUGACAAACUACCCCAGAUAUCAAUGAUUUAAAAUGAUAACCCUUUCUUCUCAUGGGUAUUAAGUUUGGCCAGGACAUCUCUGCUUCCUGCUACAGGCCUGAGGGUCUAUAUUCACUGCUUACAUCUCAUCCACUUUAACGAAGGGAUAGCUAGAGCAUUAUGAGGGCAGAGAUGCAACAGGAUGAGCCCCACUGCACAAGUACAUCUUGAGCUUCUGCCUGUGCCAUGUCUAUAGAUAUCACAUUGUCAUUUAUCAGUGGAAAUCAUAUGGCCAAGCCCCAAAUCAAGAAGCAGAAAAAUGUGCUCUGCUUACAAUGAAGCCAUGACAGAGGGAGGAUACAGGAAGGAAUGGAGAAUUGGAGCCAACGGCUCAGUCUACCAUUCCUUCCGUCACCUGGAAUCUUAGAUGUUUGAGCCAAAAUACUUAGAUGCAAAAGUAGUUAAAGCCAGAAGGGAUGUCAGUCCUGAUUCCUCACUUAAAGAUUCCAAAAUUGAAUCUAAGAGAGCCAAGAUGAUUUUCCCAAGGGCAUAUAGAGGCUGUAACUAAAUCUGGACUCAAACCCAAGGUAUAUCUUCUGGGCCAGCAUUUUUUUCACUGUCAUCCUUGGCAUGAGUCUAUACUUAUCAAAGUGGAUAGAAAAGCAUAUGUCAAGGAAGACAGAACAGUGUCUGAUUAUUUAGCAUGUACAUAUCUGACCCAGGUAUAUUGUUGAGUUCUAUUGUAGCCCCUCUGCUCAUUUUUUUAUUCGAGUUAAUAUACAAUCCUUGAAAGUGUGAAAACUCAAUUUUAGUAGAAGAGCUAGAAUCAUCUUCAGACUUAUUCUACCUAGUUGUUCCAUGUUU